GUCAACAUUGGUGACGAAUUUCAACUACAGAUGUAUUUUGCUGACCGGACACGAUACAUAAUCCUUGCAUUGAGCUUGGCCUGUUUGACACUGAUCUUCUCAAACAGUCUAGCACUAAAUUUCACCAUAAUCUGCAUGGAUGAUGUGAAAUCCACUGGUUGCAUUCUUGGUACGAUACCGAAUUCGCUGCUCAUUCAACACUUUGGAUUACGUGCUACUGUCGCGGUCAAUGGCCUCCUAACAACGGCUGCAACUCUUUUCUUUCCUUUUGCCGUAAAAUUAGGAUUUGCCGCCGUGUUCAUAAUGAGGGUGUUACAAGGUGUAGGUACCGCACUAUCUUUUCCUAUGACGGGUAUUGCACCAGCUCAAUGGUCGACAUUAAAAGCUACUGGUACUUUUAUUGCUAUAUUGUCAUGCCAUCUGCAGUUCUGUAAUAUUCUCACUAUGCCAUUAUCUGGUUUUCUAUGUGAAAGUUCAUGGGGAUGGCGUGCAGUUUUUUACGUGCAGGGCCUACUCUCAGCGCUCCUUUUUCUAUCAUUCCACGUCUUCUACACUAACAAUCCAACUAAACACAAACAUGUUAGCCCCAAAGAAUUAGCGAAAAUCACCUUCGGAAAAAGUUAUGAGAAAAAGCAGAAAAUCCCGUAUAGGGCCAUUUUCACUGAUUCAUGUAUACUCUCAAUAUGGUUGUCGGCUGCAGGCGGAAACCUUGCAUUCCAAGUAUUCGUAUUGUAUGGCCCCACUUAUAUCAAUAAGGUUCUUCACUUGAGCAUCGCUUCAACAGGAUUCGCUACAGCAUUGCCUCAUAUUCUCUCAGCUGUUGCAAAAUUUGCAGUAGGUCCAAUUUCUGACAAAGCCACUUGCAUUUCCGGAAAAUGGCGAUUCAUUUUCUUUGCUGCUUUAUCACAAGGAAUAAUGGCAAUAUGUAUUGUCGUACUGGCAAAUGCCAAAGAGGCUCGAUUAGCCCAAGCUAUCUAUACAGCUGCAAUCGUAUUCAGUGGAAUAAACGUAGUGGGAGUCGUCAAAUGCGCGCAAGUGGUAGCAUCACAAUAUUCACAUUUUGCAAUGUCAAUUAUCGCAUUUCUAACCGCCUUCAAUAUACUUAUUACACCUGUAGCUGUUAAUUUCGUAUGUCCGGAUAACGAUCCAGCACAGUGGAGCCGCUUAUUUAUUGGAUUGAGCGUAGUCGUCGUCUUAGCUAACGCUCCUUUUGUGUUCUUUGCCAGAGACGAAGCAGCAGAAUGGACGGAUAAUAAAGUUCAUGCGGCACUAGAGCAUAAAGAUACUGGAAAAAAUGGAGAUCUCAUUGAAAAGUUCUAA